UCUCACCACAAUUUACACUGCCUGCACACAGCUAAUCAAGAAACUCGUACCAAAUGCAAUCAAAACCUCUCCAUCAAUGGCGCUACCUUUGUCCCUCGCCACCAGCUGCAAUUGGAAACCCUUAUCUUCAGUAAAUUCCAAUUUCAGUUUCCCAACUUCGUCAUCUUACAUGGCGCAGCAGUCAAAUGUUUUCUUUCCAUUGAGAAAAGAAUACAGGCGGCAGAAUCGGGGCCUAUGUAUCUUUAGCGGGUCGGAUUCCGGCGAGAGCAGCUCUCAAGAUGAUGAAGAAGAUAGUUUGGGGGUCAAAGCUGCAUUAUCAAUGCUCAAGUUCUAUAAAAGGGAAAUCUCACCAAUAAUGCCAAAAAGUUGUCGCUAUGUACCAACAUGCAGCGAAUACUCCAUGAUCGCUUACAAGAAAUAUGGUGUUGUUAAAGGGACAAUCUUGACAGCGUGGCGUCUUUGUCGCUGUAACCCUCUAGGAGGAUCUGGCUUUGAUCCCCCAAGAUGGUUCGGCGAGGAAAGUCCACCACUGGAAUGAUACUUGGUAUCAGAUAUAAAUACAGGUAUAUUGCUUUUGGUAAUGCAAACUCAGGAAGAAAAAAUACAUAACCAUUGUUUAUGGUAUUCAGUUAUGCAGUCAAAGUAGCAUAUUUCUUUAGCUGAUAUAUAGAUAAAAUGUAUUUAUUGUUUUCUUGAUGCAGUUCAGCUCUGUCUUUUAAUAGCUUGUAUUCUAGUUGGUUUUAAGUGUGAGCAAAAAGUCUGUUAAAGAUGAAGGUUUGUCCAAUUUGUAUAGAAUGUGAGUCUCCGGUAUUUUUAGAGGGGUAGUACUAAGCAUUAGAACAGCACAUCUAAACCAAAUCUGCAGCAGCAUACAUUUGAAAGUUGUCUACUUCUGUCACUUGGAGAUUCAUACACCAAAGUUUAAAUUCAUCAUUGUAAAAAAUCUCCUGAUAAAGAAAUGAAACUGCAUUUUAAGAAUUAUUCC